GGUGUGUUUUUCCAGGCCACGAAAGACACACUCAAGGCAGAUGUCUACAACUUGACAAACAGCCAUGUGAAGUUAUGCACAGUUUAGAGGAAGGUGUUUCAACCAGAUAAACAGCUCGAGGGCAAAUUUGCGUACCAGCAGAAUUUAAGGAGGACCGACAUUAGACUGAAAGCCUGGCUAGACUUGAAACUUGAGGCAGCUGCUUUUUGGAAUAUUUGCAUUAGAAACAGCUGCAUCGAGGCAGCAGCCCAAAAUAAUUCUUUUUCACCAGUAGGACGUCUGUUUGUGGACUAACUGAACAUUUCCUGUGUUGGCAAGAUGGGGAAGUCAGGGCUGAUGUCUGACAUUCCCUGCUGUCUCUCCUUGAUGUGUCUCUCAGCCUCAAAGCAAUUUGCAGAGGAGGUGCUGCAGUGCCAUAACGACUACAGGAAGAAGCACCAAGCUCCCGCACUCAAAUUGAGCAGCAAGCUGAGCAGAGAGGCUGCACGUUAUGCUGAGAGUUUGGCUAGCACACGCAUCCUAAAACACAGCGAGGAGUCAAGUAGGGGGAGCUGUGGCGAGAACUUGGCGUGGGCUUCCUAUGACCAAUCAGGAAAGGAUGUGGCCGACCGCUGGUACAAUGAAGUGAAACAGUACAACUUCAGUUCUCCUGGAUUCUCCUCCGGCACCGGCCAUUUCACUGCAAUGGUUUGGAAGAACAGCAAGACGCUGGGCGUGGGGAAGGCCGUUGCAUCAGAUGGUUCUUCCUUCGUGGUGGCCAGAUACUUUCCAGCUGGCAAUAUCACCAACCAAGGGCACUUUGACUGCAACGUCCUACCCGCUAAGGCUCCAGGCUCGCCCUCCUAAAGACACCAGGGACUCCACUUAAACCCAAAGUAUCAGUGAGUUCUCAGGGGAACACCACUUAUUGCCUUGUACUGCCAACCUGCGUUGGAAUUACUGGAAGGAACCACUUCCUCCUUGGAAAAGGAUUUAUAAAUGGUACAGUGAUGGAAGAGAUGCUACUGUUUGCUAACACACAGGCACCCCAUGUGCUCUGUAUUUGUAAACAAAAUAAUGGUCGGAAGGAAUCCGUGUUUAACUUCCAGCCACGAUUCAACCUGUUUUGUAUUUUUUACAUUUUUCCUCAUAUCGGCUGAGAAUCUUGUGUGUGUCUGUUUACUAGUAUUAUAUAAUUAAAGUGAAAAAUUGUCAGUUUGUUGUAAUUUGUCAAUUAAACUUAACCAGAAAACUA